AUGGGAGUCGAGGCAGAAGAGCUACCUGCCCCCAACCUAAACGAAAGAGUGGCCGACGCGGUUGCAGCCAUAAGAAGGGUAAGCAAGGUCUCUAAAGGACUUAGUGGCUGCAGCCAGAAAGCACUUAAGGAGGCCACGGCCUCUAUUCUGGAAAGUGCUCAGGUGCUUUUGACCCGCACCACAACAGAAGAGACGGCGCUGCUGCGGGCCCAGAACGCAAAGCUUUCAGCGCAAAUGGCGGAGCUCCGCAAGGAGCACGAGGAGCUCAAGGCGGAGAUGGCCAACUUCCGGCGCGAGCACCUCAGGCGGGAGGUGGGCCUUCCACACGCAGCGCCGCAACCGCAAUUGCAGUUGCCGUCACAGCCGUUGGAGCAGCAGUCGCCACAGGAGACGGAGUUGGCUCGCCUGAUCCGCCAGGAGAUGGCGAGUUUCAACGCGCGCUUCUCGGUGCUUGAGGGGAGGAUUCUACGCCCCCCCCUAGCUGUAGACCAACGCAGCACACCGGCGCCGACAUAUGCGAGCCAAGCCGCAGCGCCCCGUGCCGCCCAACCGGCACAAGCAGCUGCUGCCACACAAAAAAGGAGUGUUCGAACUGCCGCCUCGCAAAAGGAAACGGGGCCUAAAUCAAAUAGGCAGUUAAAAAAAGAGGCUAAACUGGCCAAAAAGGCAGGUGCUACGGCUGCUCCGCCUACACAAACUGCUAGACCAGUAACGGGCGAACCCGCCACUAGACCUGAGUCGGAGUGGACGGUUGCGGGAGCCGCCAAAAAAUCAAAAAAGGCGCGCCAGCGGGCCAAAAAGCAGGCCCAGAAGGAACAAGCGGCAGAACGCGAGGCUUAG